CAGCUUCCUGGCUAAUGAGGCUUCACCUCUCACUGUGUCUGUCAUUGACGACAAGCUGAAGGAGAAGAUGGUUGUGGAGUUUCGCCACAUGAGGAACCAGUCGUAUGAGCCACUGGCCAGCUUCAUGGAUUUCAUCACGUAGGAUGUGACCGAGAGGUGAAAGAGAAAUUCAAAAGGAAGGAGCUCGACGAAGUAGUUCUGAACGUCCCAGACAGAGAGAGAGUCAUAAUUGGUGCAGAUUGUAAUGGACAUCUUUGUGAAGGUAAUAGCGGUGAUGAAGAAGUGAUGGUAAGUACGGCAUCCAGGAAAGGAACUUGGAAGGACAGAUGGUGGUAGACCUUGCAACAAGGAUGCAAAUGGCUGUAGUGAACACUUUUUUCCAGAAGAAGCACGAACAUAGGGUGACCUACAAGAGCAGAGGUAGAAGCACUCAGGUGGAUUAGAUCUUGUGCAGACGAUGUAAUCUGAAUGAGGUUACCAACUGUCAGGUAGUGGUAGGGGAGAGUGUGGCUAGACAGCAAAGAAGAUGACUCUGGUGGUGGGGAGGAAGAUUAGGAAGACAAAGGCAGAGAAGAAAACCAUGUGGUGGAAGCUGAGACAGGACGAGUUUUGUGCAGCUUUUCGGGAACAGGUGAGACAGGCUCUCGGUGGAUGGGAGGAGCUUCCAGAAGACUGGACCGCUGAAGCCAAGGUGAUCAGAGAGGCAGGCAGAAGAGUACUUGGUAUAUCUUCUGGCAGGAAAGGAGAGAAGGAGACUUGGUGGUGGAACCUCACAGUACAGGACAUCAUACAAGGAAAAAAGUUAGCUAAGAAGAAGUGGGACACUGAGAGGACCGAGGAGAGGCGAAAGGAAUACAUUGAGAUGCGACACAGGGCAAAGGUAGUGGUGGCACAGGCCAAACAAGAGGCAUAUGAUGACAUGUAUGGCAGGUUGGAUACUAAAGAAGAAGAAAAGGAUCUAUACAGGCUGGCCAGACAGAGGGAUAGAGAUGGGAAUCAGGUUAGGGUGAUUAAGGAUAGAGAUGGAAAUAUGUUGACUUGUGCUAGAAGUGUGCUAGCUAGAUGGAAAGAAUACUUCGAGGAGUUGAUGAAUGAGGAAAAUGAGAAAGAAGGGAGAGUAGAAGAGGCAAGUGUGGUGGACCAGGAAGUGGCAAUGAUUAGGAAGGGGGAAGUUAGAAAGGCAUUAAAGAGGAUGAAAAAUGGAAAGGCAGUUGGUCCUGAUGACAUUCCUGUGGAAGUAUGGAAGACAGUGGUGAGGCCAGCCAUGAUGUACGGAUUAGAGACAGUGGCACUGAAGAGACAACAGGAAGCAGAGUUGGAAGUGGCGGAAAUGAAGAUGUUGAGGUUCGCUCUCGGAGUGACCAGGUUGGAAAAAAUUAGAAAUGAGCUCAUCAGAGGGACAGCCAAGGUUCGAUGUUUUGGAGACAAAAUUAGAGAGAGCAGACUUCGAUGGUUUGGACACGUCCAGAGGAGAAAUAGUGAGUAUAUUGGUAGAAGGAUGAUGAGGAUGGAGCUGCCAGGCAAAAGAGCUAGAGGAAGACCAAAGAGAAGGUUGAUGGAUGGCGUGAGGGAAGACAUAAGGGCAGUUGGUAUUCGAGAAGAGGAUGCAGGAGAUAGGCUUACAUGGAAAAGGAUGACGCGUUGUGGCGACCCCUAAAGGGACAAGCCGAAAGGAAAAGAAGAAGGAGGAAGACAUAAAAUACCACUGAAAUGAUCACAAGAACGGUGAGCAAAAAUCCCAGAACCACACGGGGGGACCUAGUCAAUGACCUGCAGAGAGCUGGUUCCAAAGUAACAAAGGCUACCAUCAGUAACACACUACGCCGCCAGGGACUCAAAUCCUGCAGUGCCAGACGUGUCCCUCUGCUUAAGACAGUACAUGUCCAGGCCCGUCUGAAGUUUGCAAGAGAGCAUUUGGGUAAUCCAGAAGAGGAUUGGGAGAAUGUCAUAUGGUCAGAUGAAACCAAAAUAGAACCUUUUGGUAAAAACUCAACUUGUCAUGUUUGGAGGAGAAAGAAUGCUGAGUUGCAUCCAAAGAACACCAUACCUACUGUGAAGCAUGGGGGUGGAAAAAUAAUGCUUAGGGGCUGUUUUUCUACAAAGGGACCAGGACGGCUGAUCCAUGUAAAGGAAAGAAUUAAUGGGGCCAUGUAUCGUGAGAUUUUGAGUGAAAGCCUCCUUCCAUCAGCAAGGGCAAUGAAGAUGAAAUGUCGCUGGGUCUUUCAGCAUGGCAAUGAUCCCAAACACACACCGCCCGGGCAACGAAGGAGUGGCUUUGUAAGAAGCAUUUCAAGUUCCUGGAGUGGUCUAGCCAGUCUCCAGAUCUCAACCCCAAAGAAGAUCUUUGGAAGGAGUUGAGAAUCUGCGUUGCCCCGUGACAGCCCCAAAACAUGAGAUGAGAUCUGCAUGGAGGAAUGGGCCAAAAUACCAGCAACAGUGUGUGAAAACCUUGUGAAGACUUACAGAAAACGUUUGACCUGUCAUUGUCAACAAAGGUUAUAACAAAGUAUUGAGAUGAACUUCUAUUAUUGAUCAAGUACUUAUUUUCCACCAUAAUUUGCUAAUAAAUUAUUUAAAAAUCAA